AUGUCAAAACAGGACAGCGGAAAUAUAUCGCCUCUCUACCGGCAGUUGGUGAAACGGCGCACCAUCGUCGUGACGGAGGACCCGAAGCUCCACCUGGCGUGGAUCGACGAUCGCAUCUUCAUCAAGCCGCUCCCGCGGUACAUCAGUCAGGCCGGCAGCGGAGGUGAACGCAUUCGACGAGCGGCGCUGGGCUACCUCCGGACGUACUACCAUCUCGUGAAGCACGAGUCCGACUUGUGCAUCGCCCAGGACCCCAGCCUGUGCCUCGUCCCGCCGGACAUCACCUGGGAGCAGUUCUGCGACUUCACGUCGAGCCUGGGGGACAUCGCAGACCGAGACGUCUCCCUGCGCUACGCCUACGGCGAGAUCCGCCUGACGCGGCUCAACUUGUACGCUCCGCUCCUCCUCGGCAAGUCGCACUUCCAGAGGGUCGAGCACCAGUACGGGACGUAUUUUGCGCGCUUCUACGGGCCGAUCCUGUUCGUGAUCGGGAUCACGUCGGUGGUCCUGAGCGGAUUGCAGGUCGUCGUGUCGGUCGGGGAGAACGGCGGGGGCGGUUGGACGGGGGCGGCGCUCUGGGUCGGCGUCACGGCGAUCGUGACGUCCUGCAUCCUGCUCUUCACUUUGGGCCUCCUCCUGGUGUACAAGGUGACGAAGGAGUGGAAGUUUGCGAUCCGCGACCGCCUCCGGUUGUUGGAGGAGAAGCGGGCGGCGGAAUGA